UCAUAAAUUAAAAGAUACAAGUAUAAUACUUCCCAGGUUGAUUUAGUCCGAAAAUACGUUAGUCGGCAAUUCUAAAAUUCGCAAUCGAAAAUUGGUUAUCCCGUGACACUAUUCUAUUCGAUCUUUUAAUCAACGAUCAGCCAUAUUUUUAUCAGUUUUUAUUAUCGCCGAUUAGUCGCGAUUUUAGUUGUGAAUUUCGUCCAUCUUCCCCGUUGUCAAAAUUGAAGAGAAUCCAAGACCAACCAAUAUCUGGUUUCUAAGCAGCCAUUUAGUGAUAAAUUAGGGAGCGAUCCCGCCUAUUGAUACAGUUCGUCGUAAACGUUGGCUUAACGUGGACGCGUGGUUGCAAAGCGGAGCUUCCAUUAUUCUUUUCGCGGUUCCUGGAGAAUCGUUACGAGCUUUCCAUGACUGUGGACCAGUGGAUAUUUUGAUUUUAAACAGAAUUAAUUUUCUUAUAUCCGUGAACAGAGAGAUUUCAAUAUGCCUGAAAAUGGAAUACAGAUGACUGAGGUGACUAUAGAGAAUUUAACCAUAACAACACCGGACGAUAAACCGGCUUGCAACAAGAGAAGCACGAAUCUCACUUAUGGCAUCGACGAUGUCCCGCCAUGGUACCUUUGUUUAUUUAUGGCUUUGCAGCACUAUUUGACUAUGAUAGGCGCAAUAGUUUCGAUCCCCUUCAUCCUCACGCCAGCACUCUGCAUGGCGGAAGAUGAUCCAUCGAGGAGUUACAUAAUCUCUACCAUGAUCUUCGUUACAGGACUUGUUACCUUUUUCCAAACCACAGUAGGGUGCAGGUUGCCCCUGGUUCAAGGAGGAACCAUUUCCUUCUUGGUUCCAACUUUGGCGAUAUUAAAUUUACCACAAUGGAAGUGUCCAGCACCAGAGAUUCUGAAUGAAAUGUCUGCCGAAAAUCGUACAGAAUUAUGGCAAGUCAGGAUGAGGGAACUUUCAGGAGCCAUUGCUGUAUCCGCCUUGUUUCAAGUAAUCGUUGGAUUUGGAGGUAUUAUUGGAUAUUUGUUGAAAUUUAUUACACCAUUGACCAUUGUACCAACUGUUUCUCUGGUUGGAAUAUCCCUCUUUGAAAACGCAGCUGACGCUGCAUCUCAACAUUGGGGUAUAGCAGCUGGAACGAUACUGAUGUUAACAUUGUAUUCUCAAAUACUUGUUAACGUGCCAUUUCCAAUAAUAAUGUACCGUAAGGGCGAAGGAAUACGGAUCGUCUGGUUCGAAUUAUUUAAGCUAUUUCCGGUGCUGCUGACAAUAAUAGUUAUGUGGAUAAUUUGUGCAAUUCUAACUGUGACGGAUGCCUUGCCAGUUGGUCAUCCAGCCAGAGCAGAUAGUAAAUUAAAAAUUAUCAAUGAUUCCCCGUGGUUUAGGGUUCCUUAUCCCGGUCAGUGGGGUACACCGACUGUAUCCUUAUCUGGUGUACUGGGUAUGUUAGCCGGCGUAUUGGCAUGCACAGUGGAAUCCAUCAGUUACUAUCCCACAACUUCUAGAAUGUGCGGCGCUCCACCUCCUCCAGUUCAUGCUAUUAAUCGAGGCAUCGGUAUGGAGGGACUUGGCACGAUGUUAGCUGGCCUCUGGGGUAGCGGAAAUGGUACAAAUACGUUUGGAGAAAAUGUUGGAACUAUUGGCGUUACAAAAGUCGGCAGUCGCAGAGUUAUUCAGUGGGCAUGUGGGUUGAUGAUCCUUCAAGGAUUGAUUAGCAAAUUUGGCGCUGUUUUUAUCAUCAUCCCCGAACCCAUAGUCGGUGGAAUAUUUUGCAUAAUGUUUGGAAUGAUCAGCGCUUUUGGUCUCUCUGCGUUACAAUAUAUAAAUUUAAAUUCCGCGAGGAACUUGUACAUUCUUGGAUUUUCCAUUUUCUUUCCACUGGUUUUAUCAAAGUGGAUGAUCAAUCACUCAGACGUAAUAAAAACAGGGAAUGAAAUAGCUGACGGUGUAAUUACAGUGUUACUCAGUACAACUAUCCUGGUUGGUGGUGUAGUAGGAUGCCUAUUGGAUAAUAUUAUACCAGGAACUCCUGAGGAACGUGGUCUUAUUGCUUGGUCAAAAGAAAUGGAAUUAAAAGCGGAAAAAGAUGAAAAAGAGGAUCAAGAGUAUAUAUCUAAUACAUUUGAUUUUCCAUUUGGCAUGAAUGUUUUACGAAGAUGGAAAUGGACUUAUUACGUACCAUUUUUACCGACUUACAAACCUGGAAUUUAUUCGUGUAGUCAGAAGAAACAAUAAGUACCACUAUGUUACCUGAUAAUGCAUUGCUAAUCAUCUGGUGGAUAUUUGCAAUGCAAUAGUACAAAUGUUGAAUGAGUCACUAUACAAAUGGUGAACUGUUAAUUGAAUGCAAAAAAGGAUUGUAUUAAAAUGCAAAUAAAAA